UGUGAUGAUGACGAGUCGGUGACGUCAGAGGGAUCGACGCACACCUGCCGUUAAUUAUCAGCGCCUCCUCCAGAUCGUCGGUUUUUUGAUUGUAAAAAAACAUAAAGUAACUCCUUUAGGUGGAUUUAAAAGACAAUGAACGCUGUCGAAUUUUCCUUCGUCUUUUUCACGUUGGCGCCUCUAACUUCAGGGUUUGGGAGACUGGCCGACAUUUCCUUCUCGUUAUGUUGGAUGAGCAGAAACAACGCUUUGGAGAGACAAAGUGGAAACAUUUUGCUCAAUGGCACAUCGGUGGCCUCCAUCAUGAAGCUGGAUAAAGUGGCCUCGCUGACGGUGCAUCCAGGUGUAGAAAACAGGCUCACCCUGAAAUAUGGGAACGCGACCAACGCGUGGACCAUAACGAUCGCUCCAAGCAAAAGGUUCAAUAAAAUCCAGGGUCUGCCGCCGCCGCAGAAAGACGCUACGAUUUACACCAAGAGGAUUUUGGACUCUCUGGCGCCCUCUGAUGUGUUUGCAUGUGAAAACAACACUGUGUUCUUCUAUCAAGACGAGGAGUUCUUUCUGGCCACCGGCCACACCCUCCGUCUCCCUCUACGGCUGGAGUCCAGAACUACAUCGAUGUUGCUGCUUUCCUGGGCAGUGAACGGCGGAGUCGCCGCCGACAGUCACACGGUCACGUUGUACCGCGCUGACCCCGACCGGUUCACGGCCAUCGGUGUGGACUCGACCGCCGACGACCGCUACGACUUCACGUCGCUGCAGUCCUGCAGUCUGUACGUGGUCUGUGUGGAGAUCGCAGCCACUCGGACCUUCACCUGUCUUCCUGCCAUAACAGACCCAGAUGUCCCGCAGGACUUGAACGUCUCGUCCUGGAACAGCAGCAGCGUGUCGUUGACCUGGGGUCAUGAGAACUCCAGACUCUCCCUCUUUCUCCUCACCAUAUUCUACCUCAACGGCACAGACCAGGUGACGGAGGAGGUCUGCUUCUGGCUCAAAGACCACGCCUCCUCCUUCACCUGGUCUGACGUCCAGCCCUGCACCAGGGUCAGGUUUGGUCUGCAGUCCGUCUGCCAGUCGGGGGUGGAGUCACGCUACAGCGACAUGGUCAUGAAUGAUGGGAACUCUGUCCACUCCAGAAUCCAGGCCUUGCGUCAGACAUCGUUCGGUCCUGACAACUACACCCUGGAGUGGGUGGUGGGCAACGCCUCGUCCAUCUCAAAGUUCAGAGUUUUCCACGAUGGCGUCGUCCAGGGCGUCACGCUGCUGACCAACUACAGCGUCGAGGGGCUGUCGCCGUGUCAACGAUACCAGGCCAGGGUGGAGGCGCUGUGUGGAGCGGACGUAGUCAUGAGUGUGAAGAGCAUCAGAGCACACACAGGACCUCGUGGUGUGUCUGAACUCAGGUACCGCUCCAACGACUCCACCGUCCUGUGGACUCCCAGCACCGCGCACCAAUCAGCCGUGGCCUUCCUUUACGAGCUGUCCCUGAAGAACGGCACCCCCAUCAGGAGCAGCAGGGUCACUGACACGGAGCUGCAGCUCCCCGGUCUGGACGAAGGGAAGAGCUACGUGCUGGACGUGUGGGAGGAAUGUGACGGAGAGUGGGAGUCUGAACACACACAGCUGUGUUUUGAGGGCGCCAACGCCACCUUUGGGUUCCUCCUGAGAACUGCAGGAUCUGCCCAGGACCUCGACAUGGACCUGGAGUUCCUCAGCACGGGCCUCCCCGUGGUGGUGCCGUGGUCGCUGCCAGAAGACGCCCACAACGACCAAUCACAGUCCAGACAGCUGAUGGAGAAGAUCUUUAAAGAUAAGAUACAGGAGUUACUGAGUGACUCUGAACAGCCUGUCCAUGUGGAGCUGGUCUCACUUCAACCUGCGGACGAACCAAACAAGACGACCGCGGUCCUCGUGGCCUUUGAUGCUUUGACCUUUGAAGAGAACGUUCCACUUCCUGUGGAGGAGCAGCUGGAUUUCAUUCACUCUCUGAAUGAGACCGACUUCUCUGUCAGGGACGGGGUCCUUUACUGGGACGGUCCUGAUAUGUGCCCCCCCGUGACCCCCCCCCUGUGUCCUGGUAACUCUUUGUGCAUCAACACUCUGGGUUCCUUCACGUGUGUUUGCAAACACGGAUACUACGACGUGAGUCGUGUCGUCGAGCCGCAGGUUCCUUCAAAGCUCAUCUGCAACGAGAACGGACUCUUCAGCCACUGUCUGGAGAAGCUGAUGAUCGGAGGAAUAGCCAAGCCGUACCUGACGUCCUACAUCGGAGGAGAGGUUGAAGUCCGACUGAAUGACGGGCGCUGCCAGGUGGAGGAGAGUGACCUGCUCUACUACUUCCACACGUCACGAAAGUCGUCUGAGUGUGGAACGGAGCGGAGGGUGAAUAAAACUCAUUUUGAAUAUCAAAACUCUUUGACCGUGUCGCUGACCAAGAAGCAGAAAAUCAGUCGUCGGGAUCUGAAGGUCGUCUGGAGAUGUGUUUAUCCUCGACAUUACAUCCGCAACGCUCACGUUAGCAUGGAUAUGGAGUGGCUCUCCUCCCUCUCCUUCGUCCAGUUCAACUCCUCGCUGCAGCUGGGUCUGACCAUGAGUCUGUACAAGGAUGGGUCGUACAACCAGAGCUACACCGACGUCAUCUCCCUGGAACAGGACGACAUACUGUACCUGCAGGUGGCGCUGCAGACCAACAAUUCCUUUGCGUCAGAUGUUUUACUGCAGGUGGAGUCGUGCUGGGCCACGGAGAGUCCUGACCCCCAGGAUCCUGUCCAGGGAGUCUUCCUUCAGGACGGCUGUCCCAUCGACCAGACGUUCUACUGGAUCUCAGUCAAUGGUCAAGGUCAGAGCAGCAGGUUUUCUAUUGAGAUGUUUACGCUGCCCAAAGGACUGGCCCUCUACAUCCACUGUCUGGCCAACAUCUGUGGACACGACAGGGACUGCACCAAGAAUUGCAGCGUCCAACAGCGAACUAAGAGGUCAAUGAGUCCAACGGACGGAAAAGAAGAACGCGCUGCCGUGGUGUCAGCUGGACCGUUACUGGUCCACACAAGAACUCAGCCGUCGCACUGGCCAGAACGCGUGAACAUGAUCUGGAUCGUGGCUGGAGCCGUUGGACUUCUGACCGCCGCUGUUCUGACGGUCAGCGCGGCCAAAGCCAUCAUGACUUACUACGAACGGCUGCAGCUGCAGUAACGUCUGUGAUGUCAGUACCUGCUCACGUCUGUGUACAUCCACAGAGUACUGCAGUAGUACUCUGACUCCAGAGUUCUUCUCUCUGAAGUUCACUGUGAACCUCAACGUCUCGUCUUCAUGACGUCCAGACGUUUACUGUCGUGUGAUUGGCCGUUGUACUUUGUGUUUUGGAUGUACUUCAUGGGUACUUUGGUGUGUAUUUUAUGCUCUAGCUAUUUUACUUUUCCACACUUACAAAAAAAACCCAAUUCUUGUGAGUGGGUGUGGCAUGAAGAAAUGAAAAACAAUGGUCAAAAAAAAAAA